AUGCUGAGUAUUAUCCCUUGGCUCACUAUGUUGACCCUUCUCUGACAACAAGUAGCUGGUGUAUGGCGGUUUCUGAGGUUACUACUAGGCAAGAGGAAUCUUCAUGGCUCCUAUCUGCACUGCUAGGAUCACCAGCUGAGGACUGGGACCUUCCCCGUACUGGAAACUCAAAAGGAAUCGGCAUGACCACUAACCUGCUGAUCCCUAGCUCCCAGGAAUCAGUGAUGAUCAGGGGUAUGGCUGACGCUUUCACACAGUGGGGACAGCUGAGCCCUUCUCAGAGAGAUGUGCCUGAGGAGCAUAGGAGUCUGGUCUUGUUGGGGCUUCCAAUCUCUAAACCUGAUGUAAUUUCUCAGUUGGAACGAAAGGGGGAAUUGGAGAGAGAAGUCCCCAAAGCACCCAGCCCAGGACGCCACUGAGGCACCACUGCCAACAUUCGAGAGUACGUGUCCAAGGUCCUGCGGAUAGCUGGUCAGGGGACUUUCAGAACGGCAGCGAUGGA